CGUGUUUCGUGCCUCCAAGCAUAUGGAUGAAGAUACAUAGCACCCCUUUGUUUCUCUUUAUCCAUCCAUCUCAUGAGAUCUCAUGAAGAAGACCCAGACAUCCAUCCUCGGCUUUCUCAAACCACAGCCACGGACAGAUGAGCAGCAUGGGAACCGCCAUCGCCAGCACCACCACCAACCCGCAUCCCCAUCCGAGUCGGCAGCCGCCCCCUCCCGGCCAAUCGCAGGAGCCCGUCUGCGUGAUCUGGGCAACAGCAAUGCAGGAGCAGCAGCAGCACGAGCAGAGGGAGAGGGAGAUGGCGGGGGAGCAGCCCAGAGUAAGCAGCAGGCCAAGCCGACGGCCAAGAUAGCAGCAGGAGGGGCCAAGCGCAUCAAACUGAGAACCGAGCCCGGCUCCCACCCACAAGAGCCCACCAGCGACGCACCAGCACCAGCGGCAGCAGCGGCAGCAGCAGGAGGCGGCGAGUCUGAGCUGCAGCUUGUGCGUCGCAGCGCCCGGCUGAUGAAGCACCCUGUCGACUACACGGCCGCACUCGGUGAAGACCAAGACGAUGGCGAGAUGGAUGAGUCAUCGGCCGAUGACGACGAGCGGGCUGCGGUGAGGAGCCGACGGCAGAGGGUGCGGGGAGCCUGGGGAGGGGGCGGCGUGAGGCGGCGGCAGAGGGAGGAGGAGAGAAGGCGGGAGCAGCCAGGCAAGAUGCGCAAUGGUGAGGAUAAAGACGGCAUGAAUGAAUGGAAACCUCACCGUCCAUGGCUUCUCAUUUGCCUGUGUGUCAGCAUGGCGGCCUGCUGUUACUGCAUUCGCGGCCCUCCGCAACCGCGAGGCCUUCGUUGGGCCAGCAGCGGCUCGACUGAGGGACACGGCAGUGACUUGGCAGUCGACCUUGCCCGGGCCGCAUUUCGUUGACAAGGGUGCGGUGGUAGAGGAGCCGGGCACAGACCCGUGCGAGCCGUACUGCAUGAGCAUUCGCGGCAGGUUCAUCGUCGCAGGUGAGAAAGGAGGAAGAUCUUAGCUAACGUGUGUGGUGGAUCUUUGCCUCUCUCUCUCUCUCUCUCUGUGUGUGUGUGUGUGUGUGCAUGGGUGUGGUGCUGCUGCAGCUGGCUCGGGGGGCCGUGUAGUGGUGAUCGGGGUCAGUUCGGACCUGUCUACGGGAGGGUGUGUGAACGUGUCCACACAAGGCCACGAUAAGUGGGUGGGCGAUGUGGACCUAUUCCACGGACGGUGAGGCAGAGGGUGAGGCAGACGGAGAGGGAGACAGCGCAUCCAACACCCAUGUGUGUGUCCUUCCUCAACAGUAGCAUGAUGGGCGACAUGGAUGAGCUGCACUCGCUCUCCCGCCCCGACAGCCCGGCACUGCUCGUGACGUCCUCGGCAGCGUGUGACAUCAGGUAGGCGACAGAGAGAGAAAGAUGAUUAGGACCACCCUACCUACCAAUGAGUCCAUCAGCUUUGUGUGCUUCCAUCGUCAGGCUAUGGCGGUGGCGCGAUCUGAUCACUGGAGGCCGCCACAGCGAUCUGGGCGGCGCAGCACACAUCUUCGACUGCCACGAGGUGACGCCCACACGACAGACACAGAGCCUGGUCCAUCCACUUAGUUAUGUGUUGAGUGCAGCAAGGUCUGUACUCGCAUCACGUCAAUCCGGUGGAUCAGUCGGCCAGCAGCGGUGGGCUCAUCGCCACCGGCGGCAGGGACAAGUGCUUAAAGCUGUGGGCCUUCACCGCCACAGGCAUCCAGGCAAACCCCCUCCACACCAUCCCUGACGCACAUCACGGUUCGGUGAAAGCGGUGCGCUGGAGCCCUUUCAGCGGCAACCUGCUGGCGUCGUCGGGCAACGAUCGGCUGCUGCGGCUGUGGGACGUCCGCAGUAGUGGCAAGACCGCCGCUGCUGUCGCCAUACAGCCGUCGGGCGACAACACUUCACAGACGGCAUUCGACCCUGGUACGCGCCAUGCACACACACACGCGUAGACAGGCACAUAGUGGGCCGUGUGGAAUGGGUGAUUGAUUGAUGGCUGGGUCAGGCCAUGAGUAUGUGGUGAACCACAUCUCGUGGCAGCCGAUGAGCGCAUAUCACCCGCUGCCUCUGCUGCUCAGCUACGGCAACGACCAGAUCGCAUGCGUGACUGACCUCCGGUGAGGAGCGGGGGAGACACAUGGGGCCAUGGAUGGCCGUGUGUGGAUGUGCGUGUGUGGGGGGGGUGGCGGUGUGGCAGGUUCCCAGCAAGAUCCCUGCUGCGGCUGAGUGAGCAGAGGGGCCGAGAGCGGUCCGUCCAAUUCCCGCCCUCUCCUUGCUGGGUAAGCCAGCCAGCCAGCCAGACAGCCAGGCAGGCAGCAACGACUCACACACACACACGAGCCGCUUUUGCCGUCUUAGGCACAGCACGGCCUGUCCGUCAUGUGUCUGGGCAUCCAGCCGGCCCGGGUGUAUGUCUACUCGUCGCGGACGGGCCACCUGACGCACAAGGAGGACAUAGAGGAGUCGAGGGGGCGGCACAUAGCCUGCAGCGACGCGCUGGGGGCGGUGUGCGUCAACCUGGGAGGCCCGCAGAGGUAUCAGUUGCUGUCUGCUGUCAGGUCAGGGGGCCUGUGUAAGUAAACAUAUACCUGUGUAGAGGGGGGCGGCGGGUCGUUGGUCCCCUCGUGUGUUUGCCUUGCUGUGGAUAGACCGGUU